CUUUGGCGAUCAUGGCUCAUGAAGUGGUGAAGGUGAACUUGAACUUGAGUUCAGAAACAAGAAUGCCUGAUACAAAAAACCCAGUAAUCACAGCCCCUCCAUCUCCAUUUCAAUUCCAUUCACCUUCAAUAAUUCAGUCACCAGUUACCGAUUCGCUCCCGAAAACUCCCAAAAGCCCAUUUGCAGUACGUAUGAUGACACCUUUGGCCAGCCCCAUUAAGAAGGCCAUUGCAAACAUGCAAGGUUACUUGGAAGAAAUCGGUCACCUCACCAAGCUUGAUCCGCAAGAACAAUGGCUUCCAAUCACGGAGUCCAGGAAUGGUAAUGCCUACUAUGCAGCAUUCCACACCCUUAGUUCAGGAAUUGGUGUUCAAACUCUUGUGCUUCCCCUUGCUUUCACUGCCCUUGGUUGGACUUGGGGAAUCAUAUGUCUGUCUCUGGCUUUUCUGUGGCAAUUAUACACCCUAUGGUUACUGAUCCAACUCCAUGAAUCAGUCUCUGGGACUCGCUAUAGCCGGUAUCUCAGGCUGUCAAUGGCGGCUUUUGGUGAUAAACUAGGGAAAGUGUUGGCGCUAUUUCCGACCAUGUAUCUCUCCGGCGGUACGUGCGUUGCCCUAAUCAUGAUCGGAGGAGGGACCAUGAGAAUACUGUUCCAAAUAGUGUGUGGGGAGGCAUGCAAUGUAAACCCACCACCAAUCAUAGCCUGGUACAUUGUGUUCACCUGCUCCGCCGUCAUUCUGGCUCAGCUUCCCAACUUGAAUUCCAUCGCUGGCGUUUCGCUGGUUGGUUCAAUCACGGCGGUGGCCUACUGUACGAUGAUAUGGGUGGUGUCCGUCGUCAAAGAAAGGCCCUUUGAUGUCUCCUACGAACCACUAGAGGCACAAUCUGGUGUGGCUAGGGUGUGUAGCAUUCUUAAUGCACUUGGGAUCAUUGCUUUCGCUUUCAGAGGCCAUAAUCUAGUGCUCGAAAUACAGGGUACAAUGCCUUCAAGCCUAAAGCAUCCAUCGCGUGUGCCAAUGUGGAGAGGGGUGAAGUUCUCAUAUCUUAUCAUCGCAUUGUGUUUGUUUCCGCUGGCAAUAGGGGGUUAUUGGGCUUAUGGAAGCUUUAUACCUACAAAUGGGGGGAUGCUGAGUGCCUUGCAUAAAUACCAUGGGCAUGACACAGCAAAAUUUAUUCUGGGCUUAACAAGCCUAUUUGUUGUGAUCAACUGUCUGACAUCAUUCCAAAUAUAUGCCAUGCCAGUCUUCGACAACCUGGAGUUCAGAUACACUAGCAACAUGAACAGGCCCUGUCCUUGGUGGCUACGAACCGGGUUUCGUGUGUUCUUCGGUUGCCUGGCAUUCUUCAUAGCUGUGGCAUUACCGUUCUUGCCAAGCCUGGCCGGGUUGAUCGGAGGGAUCACACUUCCUCUCACCUUAGCAUAUCCUUGUUUCAUGUGGAUACGGAUCAGGAAACCGCAGCUAUACAGCUCCAUGUGGUAUCUCAAUUGGGUGCUAGGAUCAUUGGGGAUUAUCCUUAGUAUCCUACUAGUCUUUGGAGCAAUAUGGACUAUAGUGACUAAGGGAAUUGAAAUCUACUUCUUCAAGCCCCAAUAG